CCGUCUCCACCACUUAGGAGACGCCUAAUGACACAGAGAAAAUGACUUGGACGGACAUGACAUAAGAACUAUGUGAUCGCUUUUCGUUUAAAGCAAUACUUACUCAAACAACCAGCAUCUGAGUGUCCAACGGAGUAAUGGAACUAUUUUAGCACCAACGAGGUGUUAUGCAGGGUUGUGGUAUUUCUCCUAUCUUAUUACCACUGUUUCACCAUGGAAGUGUCGUCUUCACGCGGCCCCUUCAACAGAGCGUUCCGGGAGCUGAACAACAGGAACAACCUGGCCGGGCUGAAGCUGAGAAAGCAGCUGGCCAGCUUUGAUCGAGAGAAGAAGUUUCUCAUGGAGCUUCUGGACAAGGACAAAAUCGACACAUACGGCUUCUUAAAACAGUUGCAGUUAUGUGAAUCCAACCAAGUCCCAGCGUAUACAGAACUUAUUCAAGGCAUGGUCAAAGGCCCUUGCGUGUUUAGACGGAGACUGCGAAAAGCUCACACCGCCCCGUCCGCACACAGCAGCUCCGAGGACGAACAAGCAGAGAGCAGCAAUGGGAAGAAACCCUUUGUGCCCAAAUUCACUAAAGCUCAAAUCAAGCUUCUCCAGGCCCGUAAACCUACCUUGAACAACCACGACAGAGCCGAGAUUUUCCUGAAGAGGCUUCGUGACAAACAGGUUGAGGAACUGGAAGAUGAUAUCGAUAAAAACUAUGAUCCAGAACACUCCUUCAGCAAAAAGAUUUCCCGAUUAUUGUCAGUAGCCACAGACGACUGUGAUCCACACCUAGUUGCGGAAAGAUGGGCGCGCCCACGGGGAAGUGGCUUCCAUACGAUUGAACGCCUGGGCAAUCUUUCAAGUCGGCAUCGUCCUUGUGAUCUCUUCGAAGGCCCCGCUCCAGGAAUAUCCCAAACAAUCCCCGAACUAGUUCCGAUCAAACCCAAAGACUUUCGUCAUUCUGUUACGUCUCCUGUAGAAGAAGAGCUAAUUUGUCCCCCACUUGUGCCCAUCAAGAAACCCCCGAUUGAAAUGAGGCUUCGGACGUUUUAUGAAAAGCUGGAUAUUCUCAAAAAGAAGCAGGACGAGCGAAUGGCUGAGGUACCAAUAUGGGAGAAGAGGAGAAGGUGGAUCUUGUUAACCAGAGGCCUCGGGGCGGCUCUAGCGGAAUCUGACUCCGAAUCUGAUGAAGAGAUGGACAGAUUUCAGCAAAUGCAUCAAUUUUGAAAUUUAGUUCACUGCCCUAUUUCUUUUCGAGAAAGUGUCCAUGAGCUGAGUAUAGUUUCACAGAAUUUGUGUAGUAAAAUACUAUAUAUGUGGUGUCUGUUAGAAUUUGAACAUUUCAGUUCAAAUUUGAUUUAUGAAAUUGUACCUUAUUUUCCGUUUUUUUAUUAAUUAUAGAUAAAGAUAGUACGUAUGUGGGUGCUUUCAUAAGGUUUACAGAUACUUCGAGCAAUUCGGGAAAAUCAAAUUACCCUGUUUCCAUAUUCCUUGGUUUCAUUUGCCACAAUACUGCGGGUGUUCUUAUAUAUGUUUCGAAGCAAAUGUUUUGAACACGAAAAUCUGUCAUUACAUUUCUUACUUUCGUUUUGGAGUUUCGGAUUUUCGCAUUUCGUGGAAUAUCUGAGUUGCCCCCGUGAAUCAUGAUUCAAACAAUGAAAUCACUUAAUAGUGCAUAUGUUAUAUGAGCCCCUCUCAAACUUAUUUCAUUUUCGACAAAUUUCUGAACCAGAAGUAAACGAUGAGAGGCUGCUGAUGCUGGCGGUAUGGUAGCAUCUGUGUGCAGGGCUACAGAGAUCCUUUCCAUGUUGAUUCUGAAUUAGUAGUUUAUGUUGUAAAAUAGUUUGUUUUCCUGAAAAUAAUAAAUAUUUCA